AUGUUAUGGCAUUCACAAGGUCCAAAUCAAAGAAACAACAAGAGACUAAACACUGGUAACAAAAGAUAUUCUAGUUAUGAAGCUUCAGAUCUUAGGAGGUUUACAGUGGAAGCUACGACCAGUGACAUCCAGGUUGGUGGAGUUACCCCAAAGAAGGGUGGAACGGAGCAUUUAGGGCUCCCUGCUUUCAUCUCAGUUGCAGAUGAAAAAGCUGAAACCAAGGCUAAUGCAUCUGUAUAUGUGCCUCCACCAUUUGCUGCAGCAGCAAUCAUGGAAGCAGUAGAGGCUAAACUGGAUUUGAUUGUUUGCAUUACAGAAGGAAUUCCAGAACAUGACAUGGUUCGUGUAAAUGCUGCUCUUCUUAAGCAGUCAAGAACUCGGUUGAUUGGACCAAAUUACCCUGGUAUCAUAAAGCCUGGAGAAUGCAAGAUUGGAAUCAUGCUUGGUUACAUUCAUAAACCAGGGCGUAUUGGAAUUGUAUCUCGAUCUGGCACACUAACUUAUGAAGCAGACAAUGGAAGUGCUCAUGUAUAUGUUGUUGGAGCUCGUGGUGCUGCUGGUUUGGUGUUAACUGUUGGAAGAGAAGUAUUUGAGGAGUCAGGACGAUCACUUGUUCGUGGAACAUUAGAUCAUCUACAAGGUCUCAAGAUGCUUGGAGUCAAGAGAAUUGAACGUGUUCUUCCAAUAGGCACUCCAUUAAUUGUUUUUGGUGAGCGUUCUUCAAAACCAAGCUUGCAGCAUGUUGGUGAUAUAGAAGUGGUUAUUGGUGUGAUUGAGAACCAAGGGCAAACUGGUAAUUUUGUCACUGAGAGUCAAGAAGAUAGUGAUGUUAAUCUUUCUCAUCCUUCUCUUUCGUGUAAUGCAGUUGUUUAUUAUGGAUUUGAAGCUUCUAGAGAUGAAGUGAUGCAGGUGGGAAAAUCGUCUCCUAAUGAUGAAUUGUGGAUUCCCAAAUUACCCUCCUUCAAGUUAUCAAGUCUUUAUUUGUGA